UAAGAUUGCAGCGCCGCCACUACGGUUUUCGGUCGUGGACUUGAUAUUUGAUAACUGUCACUCUGUUUUUUGAUUAUUUUCAUCUUCUUCAAACUCUUGUUUAUAUUAUCUUCAUACAAUGUCUGCUGAGUCAAUUAAAAAUCCUGGCGGGUUUACCAACCCGGAAAUGCCGGGAUACGUAGGGUUCGCUAAUUUGCCUAACCAAGUUCACAGAAAAUCUGUUAAAAAAGGGUUUGAGUUUACUCUGAUGGUUGUCGGAGAAACUGGGCUUGGCAAGUCAACACUAGUCAACAGUUUAUUCUUGACUGAUCUUUAUCCUGAACGAAAUAUUCCAUCAGCUGGAGAACGCACAAAGCAGACAGUCAAAAUUGAUGCUUCUACUGUGGAAAUUGAAGAAAGGGGAGUCAAGCUCCGCCUUACAGUGGUUGAUACACCUGGAUUUGGAGAUGCUAUUGAUAAUACAGAUUGCUUCAGAUCAAUAAUUCAGUAUAUUGAUGACCAAUUUGAGCGUUUCCUGCGCGAUGAGAGUGGGUUAAACCGCCGUAACAUAGUCGAUAACCGGGUCCAUUGCUGUUUCUACUUCAUUUCUCCAUAUGGACAUGGACUGAAACCCCUUGAUACGCAAUUUAUGAAAAUGCUGCAUCACAAAGUCAACAUCGUGCCUGUAAUCGCUAAAGCCGACAUGCUUACAAAGAAAGAAAUUGCUCGGUUGAAGAAAAGGGUCAUGGAAGAAAUUGAGGCAAACGGAAUUCGUAUUUACCCACUUCCCGAUUGCGAUUCGGAUGAAGACGAAGACUACAAAGAGCAAGUUCGUCAGCUUAAAGAUGCUGUGCCAUUUGCUGUGUGUGGGGCCAAUACGUUGAUUGAAGUUAAGGGCCGAAAGGUCCGUGGACGGCAGUAUCCAUGGGGUGUCGUUGAAGUUGAAAAUCCUGAACACUGCGAUUUCAUUAAACUCCGAACGAUGCUGAUUCAACAGCUACAAGAUUUACAGGAAGUAACGCAAGAUGUUCACUAUGAGAACUACCGAUCAGAACGUCUUGCUAAAGGUGUAGCUUCGAAUCGAAAAACCGCUGGGCCAACCAAUUCCACCGCGCCAUCGGCUGCUCCGGAGCAGAUUAGUGAGAAAGAAAAAAUACUUCAGAGAGAGUCAGCCCGUCAGAAGGAUGCCAAUUCCAGAAGGGUUUUGGAUGAGGCAGCUCGUAGGAGAAGAGCAAGGAAAGCAUUGGAAGCACUUGAGCAAGAUAAUUUUCAUGAUGACCCUCAUGCCAAUUUAGUUCUAAGCAAAAAGAUCCCCAAGUUUGAAGAGUCUCUUGAUGGUAAACAAACAAGAAGAAGGAAAUCUAAAAAUUUCGAAAUUUUCAAACAACGGUUUCGAAAAUCCUUUGCACAGCUGUUGGAGGAAGAACAGGUUAAUCGCCCAGAGCCCCCAAAUUAUGUUUCAGCUCAAGUUCCCCCAUCUAAGUUUCCUGAACGUCAUUUUUGUGCUGUUUGUGGAUUUACUUGUAGUUACACCUGUUUAUCUUGUGGCGCUAGGUACUGUAGCGUCAAAUGCUUAGGUACACAUCAAGACACUCGGUGCUUGAAGUGGACCGCCUAAUAAUAUUCCAUUGCUUUCUUACUUGUCAUCUCAUCAAUAAACCCUUUUCGAUUAUA